UCGACGAUCUCGCUAAAAGUCGAGUUUGGCGGCGGCCUCGAGCUCCUCUUCGAUAACCAAAGGUCGCACAAGCUCACGCUCCCCGCCCGCGUCCCGCUCGACAAUUCCACCUCCUCACCCCCUUCUUCCCCUCCCUCACCCCAGAACAACGAGUACGAAGGCGAGACGAAGCCCGUCGACGUCGCGUACCUCGUCCACUGGCUGCGCCACCACCUGCUCAAAGAGCGCGCGGAGCUCUUCAUGGAGGGCGAUACAGUACGGCCCGGGAUCCUCGUGCUGAUUAAUGAUACGGACUGGGAGCUGGAGGGCGAGGGCGAGUAUGUGAUCAAGAAUGGGGACGAGGUCGUGUUUAUAUCAACGUUGCAUGGGGGGUGA